AUGCCAAGGUUCGACCCCGCCGCCGGCAGGUGGGAGCAGAUGCCUCCGAUGCUCGUCGCCCGCUGGGGCGCCGCGGCAGGGGUGGCGGACGGGAAGCUCCACAUCUGCGGGGGCCUGGACGACAACAGGCAGCCCUUGAGCUCCGUGGAGAGGCUGAACGUGGGCGGCGUCCUGGACGCGCAUCAGGUGGACGUGACGUUCCUGAUCGACGGCGCGCAGGUUCCUGCCGAAGUCCCAGAUGAUCUUGAGGGCAGCAUGUGGGAGGCCGUCCCCGACAUGUCCGAGAGGCGCGGCUGGCCCGCCGCUGGCGUGCUGGGAGGCGUGCUCUACGUCUGCGGGGGGCGCGACGAGCAGCGGGAGCCGCUGAGCAGUGCCGAGCGAUUGUCACCUGGAGCCACCGUGUGGGAGAGCUUGCCGCCCAUGGACCUGCGCGUCAAAGCGGCGCUGUCUGGUGGCGCCGCAAUGUUCCCAGGCGUCGGCGAUUGCAUGACCAAAGAGCCGACGGCACUGACUCCUUCCACAUUGAAUAUCAAGGUGGUGGCUCCGCCCGAGCGCAAGUAUUCAAUGUAUAUCCGUGGAUCUAUCCUUCUCUCGAAGAGCACCUUCCAGCAGAUGUGGAUCUUCAAGGGGGGCUACGACGAGCCGGGCCCCACUGCACAGGCAGGUGACAAGGUGAAGGCCGAGGCGGAGAAAGUUGUUUCUUCCUGGACGGCGCCACCGAGCCGGAUGAUGAAGGCCGUUCUGUACGUCGUCGCGAUGCAUGCGAAGGAGACGAAGCUGCGCUGCAAGGUCGCGGCGGGGGACAAUGGCGCCGCAUCGACGCCGGGGCGCAUCGACGACGCUCGGCGCCGAGUCGGCCAGACCGGCUGCCGCGACACCACCGAGCCUAGGAAGGCAGCGCACGCGUUGUCUGGCGCUGCCAUGCUGGGGCAGGUUGGCCCAGCAAGCGUGCUCGACGCGCUGCAUCAGCGCAUGAUGGCGUCGACUAGCGGCGCCGCCCCGAUGGCCCCCGCGGGACUGGACGAGAGCCGGCUGGCCCUCCGCGCCGAGGGCGGCGGCGCCCUCUCGUUCGGCAAGGGCGACGUGCCCGUGGUCGCGGCGCAGGCGCUGUGCCGCGCGGCGCCGGGCGUCGUGCAGCGCGGCUGGGCGACGCAGCGGACUGACGAGUGCAGGUUGCUCCUCGAGUACCACGGCGGCCGCGACGACGCGUACACGAUCGUGAUCGCCGAGGCGGCCACGUGCGUGCAGCCCGAGCCCCUCACCUUCGCCUGGACCAGGGCGCAGAGAGCCGCUGCUCGUCAGGACGGCGGCGGAGGUCGCGCCACUCGCCGCGUGGCGUCCGCGACCCAGGACGUCCUCUUCCACGACUGGGGGGGCUUCGCGGGCGACGUCGCCAUGAUGGCGGCGGCGCGGGCUCAUUGGUCUUGGCACGGCGGACGGACUGUUGACGCCAGUUGUUUGGCGGACGUGGCCAUGGGCAGCGACGGUGGAACCGACGACGACAUGGGCAUGGGCCAGGGUUUGGAUCAGCCAGUUGGCCCCGCCGCGUCGAGCGUCCUGGAGUCUUGGGGCAUCGACGCUGACCCGAACCACCUCCCUGUCUUUCUCUUGCCAGAACCCAUCGUCUGCCUCAUAUCUCAGGGGAAAUGGAAAAGCGUUGUCGUCCACGUAUCUUGGCACAAAACUCUCGUCGACUCUCAGGGCGUAUGUUAUGCUGGCCGCUCGCUUAUCCCUGGCAUGGACUGGCCCCCCGCAGGCGCGCCGGUGUGGAACUGGGCCCCCGAUCCAGACCCAUGCGAUUUUGAGGCGCCGGCGCCGACGUCGCACGUUAGCCACCAGGAUCUGCAGCGGAUCUCCGACGUCAUUCGAUCACUCGAGCCCUUGGCGCCCAGCAUUCAGGACGAGGCGGAGCGGAGGCAGCGGCUGGGACAAUUGCAGAGCGCAGUCAUGAAUUUGGAUUGGUGGGCCGUGGAGUUGCGAGAAGCUGCUGGGGGGAGCCACACAGGUUUCGGCAGAUUUCGGCACGCGGCGAUGCAGCUGCUGGACUCCAUUAGAGCCGUGUCGAUGUUGAAGGGCGGGGCCUCUAAGUUGCGCGACGCGGUGAGGCGGGCAGUUUCGCUGGUCGUCCCCAAGCCGCUGGUCGGGGCCGUGCUCAGGAGCAUCGAGCCCCUCCAGGACUCCAAGCACAUCGCUAGUUCUGCUUUGCCCAGCGCCUCAGUCCUUCAUCGCGGCGAGCUCUCGCUAGACGUCGCACCGGCGCUACUGCGGCGGCGGGGGCACAAGCUGGACGUUUUCAGAUUCGCGUGGAGCGACGCCAGCCCCCUUGCUGGAUACGACUGGCUAUGGGUUCAAGUCCACGAGGUGCCCAAGGCGAAGGCCGUGCAGGUUUGCCAGUCUGCGCACGAGCUCGCCCGCAGGACCCGCCGAUUUGCGGAGGAGCGCGUUGCGCGCGAGACGUUCGGGGACAUGACCUUGGAGCCGCUCGCGGACUGGAAGCCGCUGCUGAUGGACCUUCUGGAGAUCAACGAGCACAUCUAUCCACCUACGUCCUUGGCUUUAUCGCGCGCGACCCUGGCAAACAAAGUGAAUGCAAUGGUCCACCAGUGGAAUCUUGAAUUACCUGAAGGUGCAAGCUUCCGCGACUACUCGAGAACGUUCUGCUCCCACACGUCCGACAUGGGCGUGGAGCUAUCCGUGCCAGAUUUCAGCAUGAAGGCCGUGGACGACAUGUUGCCCCCCUGGGUCAACCGCUCCGCCCUCCAGCUCGACGUCGAGCAGGUCGAGGGUCGCGUCGACGGCGAGCUGGCGGACAUCCCCGGUAGCGACACUUUCAUGCCGGAGGCCUUGACGAUAUAUGGGUUUCAACACUUGACCAACAAUUUGAACUCAGAUGUACACACGUCGUUGCCAGGAUGGGGCGAGUUCUAUCAGCAGCUCAAGAACCUCGCGGCGCUGAUGUGCAAUAGGGGUCGACGCCUGCACUUCAUCGCCACCUGUCUCAUCGGCAGUCCGUGGGAGUACGCCGAGGCCGACUUCGAGAAGUUCUCAGCUGACUUGUACGAGCAUCGGUGGAGGGUGGUGCCCAUGCUGCCGGCGCUCUGCAAGGCGUUCCGGGCAGACGAGUUCAGGAGGGAGCGCGCGCGGGGCGAGGGCGACGACGGGGAGGCCAACGGCGGCGGCGAGUUCGACGCGCCCGGCCUCCAGAGGACGUUGCAGGACAACUACUGGCUCGCCUGCGUGUCCUUCGCGCUGGACGUGGACGAGCUCCCCGAGCUGGCCCUCGCGGCCUGGGGAGAGGGCUGCGCCUGCCACGAAGAGCUCUUCAAGCUCGCGGGCCUCCUCCUGUCCUUCUGUUUGCACUCUGCUUUAGCCCGCUAG